AUGGUUGACUUGGAUCUUUGGCCAGAGUUUUGGGAUGAUGACCAGGCUCUGGAGCUUGUCAUGGAUGACAAUGUGAAUUUGCAAUAUGAAGAAGAGGAUGAGAACAUCAACACUAAACCAACGUUCUGGGAUCAGGAACAUGAAAGCGGGUUUCUAGAAAGUGUGAAAUCAAAACCAGAAGGUGUAUUGAGGAAGCCGUGGGCUAAUACUCUGCGGAGAAUAUCGAAAUCAAGUCUGGGCCUUCGGGAUAGUUCAAACGAGGAGGUCCCUACAUUAAGAAGCACAGGGAGUUCUCUAAGCAAUAAGAGGAUAUCACUGCCUCAACCAUCACCUUCUUCUUUGAUGGACGGAGAAAACUCUUUUAUUCCGUCUUCGCCUUCGCCCAAAACAUUGUCCCCAGAUUCAAACAGACAAGUUUCAGGUGAACCUAGUAUACGCGGAAGCUCUUAUAGCAGCGUGGUUUCUACGCAGAAACACAUUUCUGUUCCAGACUGCAGUCCAGCCUCAGAGAUUACAAGGUUCAACUUUACGAAUGAGCAGAGACCACAACUCUUUCAACGCGGAUCCAGUUCCGAGUCUCGGAAAUACUAUCUUAUUUAA